GGCGGCAGAGUCGACUGGUGAUGGCGGAAAGAGGAGGUGGUGGCGGCGCUGGAGGUGGUAGUGCUAGUAGCGGCGGCGGCGGAGCUGGCGGCGGCGAAGGCGACACUGGGGCGGCGGAGCGCUACAAUAAUGAGAUCAGAAUGGCUCAGCAGCAAGCACUGAGAUUUCGUGGUCCAGCUCCUCCACCAAAUACUGUUAUGAGAGGCCCACCACCUCUUAUGCGUCCCCCUCCGCCUUUUGGCAUGAUGCGAGGUCCACCUCCACCACCUCGGCCUCCUUUUGGACGUCCUCCAUUUGAUCCAAAUAUGCCUCCAAUGCCCCCUCCUGGAGGAAUUCCUCCACCUAUGGGACCUCCACAUCUACAGAGACCACCUUUCAUGCCUCCUCCCAUGGGUAAUAUGCCACCACCUCCUGGUAUGAUGUUUCCUCCAGGAAUGCCACCAGUUUCAGCCCCUGGAACACCAACAAUGCCACCAACUGAAGAGAUUUGGGUAGAAAACAAAACUCCAGAUGGAAAGGUUUAUUACUAUAAUGCACGAACACGUGAAUCAGCCUGGACUAAACCUGAUGGAGUGAAAGUUAUUCAGCAAUCUGAACUGACACCAAUUCUGGCUGCCCAGGCCCAAGCCCAGGCCCAAGCCCAGGCCCAGGCCCAAGCUGUAGGUUCCUCCACACCUACCACUAGUAGUCCUGCACCAGCAGUAUCUCCAUCUACAUCGUCAAGUAGUCAGUCCUCUACAACUUCAACUACUACUACCACAGUGACCUCUGUUUCACAAACAGUUUCUACACCUACAACACAAGACCAGACCCCCAGCUCAGCCGUUUCAGUUGCCACACCUUCAGUCAGUGUUUCAACCUCUGCUCCUUCUGCUACGCCUGUGCAGACUGUACCCCAGCCAGUCCCACAGACACUGCCUCCUGCAGUUCCUCAUGCAAUACCUCAGCCAACUGCAGCAAUUCCUGCUUUUCCACCAGUAAUGGUACCUCCAUUUCGUGUUCCCCUUCCUGGCAUGCCUAUUCCACUACCAGGUGUAGCAAUGAUGCAAAUAGUCAGCUGCCCGUAUGUAAAGACAGUCGCUACCACCAAGACCGGUGUCUUGCCAGGAAUGGCUCCUCCUAUUGUACCUAUGAUCCAUCCUCAGGUUGCUAUUGCCGCUUCACCUGCUACAUUGGCUGGAGCAACAGCAGUCUCUGAAUGGACAGAGUACAAAACGGCCGAUGGGAAGACGUACUACUAUAACAAUAGGACACUGGAAUCAACAUGGGAGAAGCCUCAAGAACUGAAGGAGAAAGAAAAAGUAGAAGAGAAGAUGAAAGAAAGCAUUAAAGAACCUCCUGAGGAACCUUUGCCUAUGGAAACAGAAGAGGAGGAACCCAAAGUUGAGCCUAUCAAGGAACUUAUAAAGGAGGAGCCAAAAGAAGAAGAAAUGACUGAAGAAGAAAAGGCAGCUCAAAAGGCAAAACCUGUGGCUACUACCCCUAUUCCUGGUACUCCAUGGUGUGUGGUGUGGACAGGCGAUGAACGUGUGUUUUUUUACAAUCCUACCACUCGAUUAUCUAUGUGGGACCGACCAGAUGACUUAAUAGGAAGAGCAGAUGUGGAUAAAAUUAUUCAGGAGCCUCCUCACAAAAAGGGAAUGGAUGAAGUAAAAAAACAAAUAAAAGAAGAGCAUGAAAUGCUGGAAGAAACCAAUGAUGAUGAGCCUAUUAAAGCAAAGAAACGGAAGAAAGAAGAUAACAAAGACAUUGAUUCGGAGAAGGAAGCUGCCAUGGAAGCUGAAAUCAAAGCUGCUCGAGAGCGAGCCAUUGUACCCCUGGAGGCCCGCAUGAAACAGUUCAAGGACAUGCUGCUAGAGAGGGGGGUCAGAAACUAUUCUUGCAAUAAAUUCUCUAGGACAUGGCAAGCUCAUAAUUCAGCUCAUAACUGUCUGGCAAAUAAUACAAGCACAGUGUUGUCAGUAUUUAAGUAUAUUGGUUAUCUAAAAAUAGAAACUUUGCUUCUUCAACUUGCAUUUGUGCUGAGGAUAUUGGUAUCUUGGUGUUUAGUGCCUGUAUUUCAGCAGACCCAAAACACAGUUGUGCUUUUGAAUGCUUUUUCCAGCAAAGAAAGCUCUGCCAAAUCAGUACACUUGCCAUUUUGUUACAGAACUACUUUUAGUGAAUUUGCAGCCAAGCAUGCUAAAGACUCACGUUUCAAAGCAAUUGAAAAAAUGAAAGAUCGAGAGGCCUUGUUUAAUGAGUUUAUCACAGCAGCAAGAAAGAAGGAAAAAGAAGAUUCGAAGACCAGAGGAGAGAAGGUCAAAAUGGACUUCUUUGAACUGUUAUCUAAUCACCACUUGGACAGUCAGUCUCGCUGGAGCAAAGUGAAGGACAAAGUAGAGACUGACCCUCGCUACAAAGCUGUGGAUAGCUCUUCACAAAGAGAAGAUCUUUUUAAGCAGUAUAUUGAAAAAAUAGCCAAAAAUGUGGACUCUGAAAAAGAAAAGGAGCUGGAAAGACAGGCUCGCAUAGAGGCAAGCUUGCGUGAACGGGAAAGAGAAGUUCAGAAAGCUCGUUCUGAGCAGACGAAGGAGAUAGACAGGGAACGAGAACAGCACAAACGAGAAGAGGCAAUCCAGAAUUUCAAAGCUCUCCUUUCUGAUAUGGUGCGAUCUUCAGAUGUGUCGUGGUCUGAUACCAGAAGGACACUUCGAAAAGAUCAUCGGUGGGAAUCUGGUUCCUUAUUGGAAAGAGAAGAGAAGGAAAAAUUAUUUAAUGAACACAUAGAGGCACUUACAAAAAAGAAGAAAGAGCAUUUUCGGCAGCUUCUGGAUGAAACUUCAUCAAUUACCUUAACGUCAACGUGGAAAGAAGUAAAGAAAAUAAUUAAAGAAGAUCCCAGAUGCAUUAAAUUCUCUUCCAGUGACAGGAAAAAGCAAAGGGAGUUUGAAGAAUAUAUCAGAGACAAAUAUAUUACAGCCAAAGCAGAUUUCAGAACACUUUUGAAAGAGACCAAAUUUAUAACAUACAGAUCCAAAAAGUUAAUCCAAGAAUCUGACCAGCACCUGAAGGAUAUAGAAAAGAUAUUACAGAAUGACAAACGUUACCUGGUACUUGACUGUGUACCAGAAGAGAGACGCAAACUCAUCGUGUCCUAUGUAGAUGACUUAGAUCGCAGAGGUCCCCCCCCACCUCCCACAGCUUCAGAGCCUACAAGACGAACAACAAAAUAAUUACAAAGUACUCUUGAAUGAGAAUAUCUGUUAAGUCAAGAAGAUUGCAUGAGCCAUCUGUCAGGUUUAAUCAUAUACAUUACCGUGAACCUAUUGCAAAACCAUCCAAGGAGCAAAGAGAGCGUCUCAGCAUUUGUGAACAUAAAGCAGUCUCUAUACAGAGAGAACAUUUGCAUUAUUGAUGCUUUUUCUCUUUGCCGCAUGACUGACAAAUAUUCUAACCAUGCAGCUAUUUCCAGUGAUUUUUAGAUCCUAGAACAAUGCGGUAUCUGUGUACAAGAUGUGGAUGUUGGUAGCAUUUGGAGGCGUUGUUCUCGGCAGUGUUACGUGUGAAAGCCUUGGGAUGAUUGAUGUUUGUGGUUUUGAAAUUAAGAACUACAGAUAUACCACAGAUGUCCUAAUGGGAGAGCCAAGGUCAGGCACUCUGAAUAUUAAUCUAUUGACUGCUGAAGACCGCAGUAAGAUUCUGCCCAUUUGUGAACCUGAAAAUAUAGGGCCUAAUUCUCUGUUCGUGCCUGGCUUUUCCUGUAUAAAUCAGGACUAACUCCAUUACUGUCAGUUCCAGCAUGAGAGGAGAAUGAACCUUGCAGUGACCAAAUUGAAUAAACACCGUUUGAUCUUGUUCAUGGGCCUGCUUGAUUCCCCCCUCUCCCCUUCCUCCCCAGUAGGCACAAUCAAGUUGCUUUGCCCGGUAGUCUGGUAACGUGUUGCUGUGAAUUGGAAAUGCACAGGAAAAAAGUUUCUUCCCCAGGAUAGCACGGUUGUAUAAAUACACUUUUAUUUACCAUACAGUGAUCUCUAGCAGCCUCUGAAUUAGAAUACAGACUUCCCUUCUGGAUAUUUCUUGUAAACUAUAUUCCUGUUUUGAAUGUUAAACUUGUGUUUCUAAAGUUUAAUUUUGAAAUGUUGGGAUUGUUCAGUUUACGUAUUUGAACGACAAUAAACCAACCCUUUUUAUAUA